AUGGCCGCGGCUGCGGCGGCGGCUGCGGCGGCCGCAGACCACAUCCUGAAGAGCGGCGAUGUCUCCACCAUGAUACGGCAGGGCUUCCUGUCCUCGCCGAUGUCUCCAGCUAGGAUCUCGCCGGCGGCCUCUCCGCCGCCCCCCGCGAGCCACUCUUUUUCUUCUUCUUCUCCCCCGCCGCCGCUGCCGCCACCGACGACAACGACGACGACGACGACCACCACCACCACCACCACCCUCUUCGAUAUGAUCGCCGAGGAGGAGCGCUACCGGCACCAGCAAACUCCGGCGAUCAGGGCCCUUCCGGCCCCCUCCGGCAGCCAGAAGAGGACCCGGCUGCAGGCGAGGGUCGCCGCCAUCCUCGCCGGCGGGAAGUACCCCGACGGCGGCGCCGGCGACGUGGAGCUGACCGUCAGCUCCGGCGACGGCUUCCGCGUCUCCUUGACCGUCCACCGGAGCGUGCUCGCAGCCCACAGCCGCUUCUUCGCGGAGAAGUUGGCCGGCGCCCCCGCCGGAGCGGCGCACGCCGUGGAGAUCUGCGACUGCGACGACGCCGUGGUCUACGUCGAGGCGGUGGCGCUCAUGUACUGCCACCAGCCCCGCCAGAAGCUGGCCGGCGAAACAAUCUCCAAGGUCCUCGCCCUCCUCAAGGUAAGAAGAGAAAGAGAGAGAAGCAGAGUAAAGAAAAAAGAAGCCUAUAUAUUCAUGGGUCUGAGCUUCUUCCUGCAGGUGUCGGCGGCGAUACUCUUCGACGCGGGGGUGGCGGCCUGCCUAGAGCACCUGGAAUCGGCGCCCUGGACGGAGGACGAGGAGGAGAAGGUUGUGGCGGCUCUCCGCCAGCUUCGUCUUCCCCAGCCGGCUUCUGAGGUUCUGGUUAGGGUUUCUGUAGAUCCGGGGGUUCCCAGUCGAUCCGAGGGGGUCUUCCUGCGGCUCCUGAGUGGGGUCCUGCAAGCCAAGGACGACAAGGCGAGGCGGGAGAUGAAGAACCUGAUAUCAGGUCUGCUCCAGGAAGACGACCACCACCCCCAUCGCCGCAGUUCCGCUGAGGUCUCCAAGGAGACCUUCUACCAGCUCUGCCAUCAGUGCCUCAACUCCCUCCUGGUGUGCCUCUCUGAGGCCGCGGAUGCCGAAGAUGGGGGGCGGGAUCGAGGAACCCUAAUGGCGGAGAUCUCCCGGGAAGCGGACAACAUGCUGUGGAUCGUCGACCUCCUCGUCCGCAAGAACGUGGGGGAGGAGUUCGUGUGGCUGUGGGCGGACCAGAUGGAGCUGGCGAAGCUCCACUCCAAGAUCCCCUCCAUGUACAGGUUCGAGAUCAGCAGGGUGACGGCGCAGCUCUGCGUGGCGGUGGGGCGUGGGCAGAUCCUGGUCUCCAGGGAGGCGAAAUCCUCCCUCCUGCGGACAUGGCUGGAGGCGCUGUACGAGGACUUUGGCUGGAUGAGGAGGGCCUCUCGGACCUUCGACAAGAAGCUCGUGGAGGAUGGUCUCUGCCAGACGAUCCUCACCUUGCCCAUGCCGCAGCAGCAGGCCAUCCUCCUCGACUGGUUCGAUCGGUUCCUCAACAAAGGAGACGACUGCCCCGACAUCCAGAAGGCCUUCCAGAUUUGGUGGCGACGAGCUUUUGUCCGGCAGUACGUCGGAGCAGAGGACAACUCCCAGCUUCAGGUCGCCCUCUGCAUGUACCCUACCUGA